AUGACCAUUGCAAUCGCCGCCUAUGAUACUGCUAAUGCAAGGCAGCCUUUGAUGAUGCCAAAAGAUAUAGGAGCAGGAAUCAUGAUUGCUAUGAACUUGGGAGGUUGUAAUGAUGUGCCUGUGUAUGGAUAUGGUAUGCCUUUUCAUUUAAGUAGCAUUGGUGAGAGCUUUUAUGAUAUUAAUGAGAAAGAAACAAAAAAGAGGGGUUGGGGGGGAGCAGAUGGUGAAAUGGCCAACAUAAUUGAUGCAUGGGACUCAGUUGUUAAUAGGAGGAGUCAGGGGUAUGGGCUUGCAGCUGAUAUUUGGAGUCUUGGGUGCACUGUGUUAGAGAUGUUGACACAUCAGCUUCCAUAUGCCCCAUUGGAAUGUAUGCAGGCAUUGUUUCGGAUUGGAAGGGGUAUUCCACCACCUGUUCCAGAUACUAUUUCUAGAGAUGCGCGAGAUUUCAUUCUUCAAUGUCUUCAAGUUAACCCAAAUGCUCGUCCUACUGCUGCUGAGCUCUUAGACCACCCAUUUGUGAAGAGGCCACUUCCCCCAUCCUCAGGCUCAGCGUCUCCUUACAAUCAUGGCAGGCGGAUUUAA